AGUCGGAUUUGAAAAUUUGUAGUGUUUGAGGCAAGAAAUCAAUUUAAUUGUUAUUGAAGUAAAUUUAAAUCCUAAGAUUUAAAUUUGUGAAAAUGCGUGUAUUUGUGGUGUUGUUUGUCAUGUGUUUGACAGCGGUAGCUGUUUCUGGAGGAUAUCUAGGAGGAGGAGGAGGUGGCGGAGGUCAUGGUGGUGGAGGUUAUGGUGGUGGUGGUGGCCAUGAUGGUGGCGGUGGAGGUUAUGGUGGCGGAAAAGGAGGUGGUGGUGGUGGUGGCAAGGGAGGUGGCGGUUACAUUAUCGUCUCUAGCGGUGGUUCUAAAGGGGGAUAUGGUGGUGGAGGUGGCGGUGGCAAGAAAGGAGGCGGUGGUGGUGGUUAUAGCGGCGGUGGUGGUUAUGGUGGAGGUCAUGGCGGCGGUGGUGGUGGCUCCAAGGGAGGUUAUGGAGGUGGUGGUGGCGGAUCUAAGGGAGGCUAUGGAGGUGGUGGCGGCGGUGGCUGGUCUAGUAAAGGAGGCGGUGGUGGCGGCGGCGGUUAUGGUGGUAAACGCGGUGGAGGCGGCUGGUAACUUCCAAUAUCGGUAUCAAAAAGAAAUAACCUCAAAUAUUGAUACUCUUGACAAUGUUGAUAAACAACUUUUAUAUAGUAGAACUUCUGUAUUAAUCCAAUAAAA